AUGCUCCGAAAGUUCAAGAAACUGAAGAAGAGCGCCGCCCUCUCUGUCAGGAAGCGCUUGGGCAAGGAUGGACGCACAAGAGAGCCAGACGAUCCCCAUCCCCAACCAUCGGAAGGACCCGACGAGCCGAACGCGUCCGCUGGCCCGCCGCCCUCGCAUAACCGCUAUCAUGAAUACCGACCAUCCGCAGACUCUCUUCCGCUUUCGACCGUCACCCUCCCCCCGGCAUCAACGAGACCCGCAUCAACGUCCGCCACACCCAAGGAUGCACCGCCCUCUCCUAAUCAUCCAUCCAGUUUGCCGUCGUUGAUGCUUCGCUGUAAUGGACAUACACAUCGGCAUGGUGGUGCAGAGGCACCUGUUCUGCUCGCACCACUGGAUGUCGGAUAUUCCUCGCACGGGGCGCAUAUCAUCGCCGACCUCUGGGAUGAGGCCUUGCGCCGAUAUAGGGAUGUUGCGGGCGUGGAUCUUAGCGAUGAGGAGUCCGAUCUCUGCAAACGCUUGACAGGGCUUGCAGACUACCAGGCCGUUGUCAACGUCCUGGAUGAUAUUGGGAGGGAGUUUGACCUAUACCGGCAUCCCCACCCUCAAAGUAUCGGCACCAAGAUUCGCGGAGCGUUGCGAACAAUCGCUCGUGUUGUAUUGAGUACUGGUGUGAUCGAGGCGAUUGGUGAAGUCGCAGCCGCUUUGGCCGUCCCCGGUGGAAAGGCGAUCUUCGUUGCUAUUGGAGUCCUCCUUCAGGCGACGAAGGGUAUGAGCGAUCGGUUGGACGCCGUCAUCGGGAUCUUGAAGAAAUUCGAGUCGUACAUGACGCGCUUGGAUGUCCGCGCCGUCUCACCUCUCACUCUGGCGUCUCGGGAUCUUGUCGUCAAGAUACUUGUCGAGAUGCUAGACUCUCUGGCCCUUGUCACUCAGAUGAUGAAACAGAACCGAGCGGAACACUUCCUCUCGGUACUGUCAAGCAAAAACGUCGCGAUCAUGGCAGCAUCUCAGCGGUUUGAAGAUCUCGAGAACGAAGAGCAUCUUCUCAUCUUGACAGAAGUCCAGCGCGAUCUACACAAGCUGUCAUCUUUCUUAUGGGACGCUGUGGUCUGCCUCGAAACGACGAUGACGCGAGUAGAGGGCAAGGUCACGAAGGUCUCUCAGGAUGUAGCAGUCAUGUCUACGGCGAUGCAGUCUAUGGGCGUCUAUGAUUUGCUAGGCCAUAUAUUGGAGAUGCGCGCAUUUCUGGGUCAAUGGCAGGCUAGACUCGAUGGCAAUCGCGAACUUCAACCAGCAUGGAACGUCACUUCUACGCACGGAGAUGUACAUCCAGGCCACGGACGAACGGUUAACCUGUGGCACGCGACGAUCACCCUCACAGCCCGCAACGCUAAAUCAUCUCUCGAGGCACUCGUCGACAACUUGCUAUCUUGUUUCCACGAUGCGACCCCUGCCGACCUCGCCAGGCUUCGGCAUAUGCUGUAUUCAAUAGCGGCAGCCGCUGUCUCAGUUAGCGUGGGCGGUGACCUAGACAACAUCUGGUACGCGAUCCUGACGGACCCACGAGCCUUCCUGGCUGCGUUCCUACCCAUGGCGUCUGCCUGCGUCACAUGGUUCUUCUUCCGGAGUCGCAUAUGUUCUCUCGGGCUACCGAAGAUACCCCGCGCACCAGAGUACUCACGCUCCGAAACUAUCAUCAUCGUGGACGUGCUCGGGCUUCAUAUGCUCUUACCCUUGGGGAACUUUCAAACAUGGGAGAAUGUUCAUGAGUUGCUCCUUGAUCAAUUUGAGAAUAAGCCGGGAGAGCGUUAUGUGCGAUCCGGCUCAUAUACACUCAUGAAUACCGUCACAGAGACCACCACAUCUAUCAUCCAACCAUCGUCGUGGGCGCAAUCUGUGAGGCCUGGCAUGACCCUCGAAAUGAGCAUUGUCAUUCGCCAGUUCGCUCGCAAACUGGAGUGCCCUUAUUGUAGGACUUGUUCUCCGGACGCACCCGACGAUGGCUUGAUUCAAUGUACCGGAUGUCCUCGCAAGUACUGGGCAACGAGGAACUCCGAUACCGAUAUCGAGGAUAAUGUGUUAGAAGGCCCGGGAUCACAAGACAUUUCGUCCGACAUAGUCUUUACCCCCCUACAAGCCCCGGACACGUCCUUACAAAACACGUCGCUACCAUCAAGAUCUGACGAAGAAGGGGGCUCUUCCUUUUCUGCUGGUGAUCGAACGGAGAUUUCGAACGAGCAUCCAGUAGAACCCCUGCUUACCGACGCAAACUCCAAUCAUAUCAUCCCAGAGCCCGAGGGUCUCGAUCCGGAAGUAGAUGCAGAGCCAGAGCCAGAGCCAGAGCACAACCUGGAUCGCUUCAGAAGCAUCUCGAUCAGACACUUUCCCACAGAAACAGAGCCAUGGUCGACACCGGCGUUUGAUUCGUUUGGUAUCGAUGGACACGCAUCCGAGCUUCAUGCGUUGAUCAUUGGCAUCGAUGAAUACGAAUCCGACUACAUCGACAAUCUCAGCGGGGCUGUUUUCGAUGCCGAUUCCAUGUACAACUAUCUACGUACCGAGCUUCACGUCCCUGAGCGUCAGAUUGUGAACCUUCGCAACAUGGAUGCUACUCGUCACGCCAUCAUCCGGAACAUACAGGCGUUUGCGAUGUGGGCUACCAUUCGUGAUGGUGGCCCUAUCCUGAUCUACUUUGCCGGGCAUGGCUCUGCAUCGGCUGCGCCGGAGGGCUGGAACGUAGGGACGCGGCCGAUUUCACUCAUUGUACCGCACGAUGCUACCGGUUGGCUCGACGAUAAUCCGGAUGACCUAGUCACGCACGCCAUUCCAGAUCGAACUAUUGGCGCACUUCUACAUGACCUCGCGGAGGGGAAAAGCAAAAUCAGCGAUAACAUAACCGUCAUUUUUGACUGCUCUCACUCCGAUUCUGGUACUCGCGGCUCCUCUAGGAGUCCCUUACUUCGACCUCGAAGCGUCCGAACACGUCGCAUAUUGCCAGAUGUAGACAGACACAUAUGGAGCACUGGUCUGCAGGGCCGAAGCAUGCGCGCCGCUGUGGGUUUUGCCCGAGCUGGUGUCAGAUCGCACGUGCUGCUGGCUGCCUGCCGCGAGACUGAGACUGCCUACGAGGGAGAGAACCGCGGACUAUUCACUCACGCGCUCAUCACUACUCUCAAAAGGAUACCUACCGACAGAACCACUUAUCGCGAGCUGAUAAAGCAUAUCCCGGCUAUACCCAGUCAAGAUCCACAAUGCGAGGGUUUAUACGUUGAACGUCCGCUCUUUAACGCACUCGUGCCCUGCAGUUGGCCUACGUUAUAUGGUGUGAAGAUCGUUGAAGAGAAUAAUUGUGUCUCCAUCAGCGCCGGUGUCAUGCAUGGGGUGACGAGCGACAGCGAAUUUACCCUUUACAGGUCCUCUAGGCACCAGGCCGCCGGUGCAGCAUUGGCAAGAUUGAAGCUCGGAACCACCAGUAAAGUCGAGGCGUUUUCCACUACUCUACCUCCGCAUCCGGCGCUCCCCUACGAGAAGCAGCCCUACUUCGCAUCCUUCGAGUCUGGGGGAAGAGACGGCGCACUUUUUUUUCAUUACUCGCCUUUCGACGCAGGUGCUGAUACCAUCGAAAGCGCUCUAAAGUUAGCGGCCCAGUACCAGUUGCGGCACGGCGGAGGUACCAUCAUCGUGAUUGACAAGGAGGAAGAUGCGCACCUCACUGUGCGCACGACUGGAGGCCGCGCCGUAUACACCUCAAAAGAUAGUCUUAUCACCUCGCUGGUGCCAUCGCUGUUGUUUGGAACGACGAGCGUGGACCCGGAAUCAAUACGGCGUGUACUGACUGGCGCUGCUCAUUUCUUUUCGCGUUUACUUCGCUCUACUGCGUGGCGAGAACUUUCUACCAAAGUCGACGUACGGUUCCACAAACUCAAAGAGGACACGGACGGAGAACCUGAAUCAGGGCGCAGGCGUCCUUGGAUCAUUGACGGCAAUGUCAGCCUCUUCGACCAAGGUUCUGUGGAGGUUGUCGCGGACGGCGACACGCCCUACGGAAUCGCGCUUCACAACCACUCUGACUAUCCGCUUCACGUCUGGGCCUUUUACUUCAACUGCAGCACUUUAUCCAUCUCUCCAUAUCAUACGCCGCCAGUGAUCGGACAACGCGGUCCCGAACCGUCACUCCCGGAGUACGGCGAUCUGACUAUUGGUUACGGUGCCGGCGGCGGUACUCCAUGCACGUUCACUCUCGAGAAAACCCAGGACGUGGACGUCGGGUUCAUCAAAUUUUUCAUCUCCAGCGAAGCUGUGGACCUUUCGAGGUUCGAGCAGGCGUCGCCGUUUGCUCCCCCCACGUGUAAAGCCUGUGCCGCCUUCGACAUCCCGCUAAUGCAGUGA